UGAAGGAGAUCUGCCUACAAACUGGCUUUUCAGGUUCUGGGGAAAGCCGUGGCCCAGGGCUGAGCAACACCUUGCUCUGUGCAGGGUGGGCCUCAGCCGGGCUGCGGUCCCAAAGCUCGGGGCUUCUCAGGUCGGCCCUGGGGGUGAUGCCCCAUGGAGGGGAACAGCCCCUGUCGCUGGGCCGACAGCACGUUUCACUUCUGCAGUGGGGACUGAAAGUGCUGCAGCUGAGAGCGAGCACGAGGCAGGAAUAGGAAUUCCUUUUGGGAUCAUCAGUCCUGUUCCUCUGGAAUCCAGCCCCAGAGAGUAGCCAGCAAGUCCCAGCAUGUUGCCCUGAGCCAGGCAGGGUCUGCUGAGUGUAGCAUGAUAGGACAGUUUAUUUCGGGCACGGAGCCCACAUGCUUAGAUAUAAAUAGUAAAGAUUUGAUUCCAUUCAGUGUAUUGGAUCUUUCUGCAGUGUGAGCACAUAGCCCACUUAGUCUGAAGGUCUGAGAUGGGCAACAUGAGCAAGAGUCCCGGGUUGUUUUCCUUUCCUAUUCUGUGCACCCAACGACAGGGCUGGCAGAGCACCCUGUGUGCUGCUGGGGCUGCUGCCUGUGGGUGAGAUGGGCUGGACAUUUCUGUGUCUUCAUCUCCAGAACUUUUUACCUGCCUUCCAUAAUCCUUGUGGCUUCUACCUUUCUUCCUUAGUUCUUUGUGCAGGCUUUGGCAUCGUGUGGAGACAGUACACCCUUUGUGGAGAUUCCACCCUUACUUGUGACCAAACACAAUGCUUAUUAAUGCCCGCAGCCACCUGCCUGUCACCAUCAUAUGGCCCGUUUGUACUUAAAACUCGAGGAUGGAUUCCUUCUUUUUUUUUUCCUCUGAGCUCAGAUGGUGGAGCUUUGCAGCUGAGGAGGUGCCAGACCCUUUGUGUAACUUUGUCAUCAUCUGGUUGGAAUGAAGCAGACAGGAACUGUGCAGAUCUGGCACUGUUACCGUAAGGUUGCCUCCCUGCUGCUGGGUAUAUACUUGUUGUUUUAGGUAACCCGUGGAAUGUGUGCAUUGCCUGCCAGCUCACAGAGCUGUGUUGCAUCCUCUCUAGCUACAACUUGCGUUGUGGGAGCUGCAACCUGGAUUUAAUGGCAAUUACUGUGUCUGGCUCAUGGGUAGAAUGUCCCAGUGCGUCUGGAAAGUAGAACUGUAGAUUGAAUGGAUGUUAGGACUUGUUGCUCAGUCUGUUAGUGUCCAGUAACUCCUCUCACAGGUCAGCACCCACCAUGCAAGUGACAGAAGAGUAUUUAGGGAGGAUGUUCCCAGCCCUUGCAGCAGUCAGACCCCAGAGACAAGGAAGGCAACAGGCGAGUUUUCACCUUGGAAGUGAGUGGAUCUAUCAGGCACCAUUUCCCAUGGUUGUGUUCCUGUGUCCCUGAAGAGCCCUGAACAGAUUCAGUGUGUGGAUCACAACUUGCACUGAGAUGCAGAGCCCCUCACUCAGCACAGGGAGGGCAGGGCACAGGGCUUGCCUUGUCUGUCAGACCUCCCUCUGGUUUGCAGGCAGUGCCAUCGGGAAGGGCUGGGGCAGCUCUAAGAGUGAGACAGUAGCUGGUGGUGUUGGUGCAGGGUGUGUUGGUGUUGAGGUUACGUGUUGUCAUGUCCUGUUAGCUAACUGUAGGGGCUUUUUGGUCCUGCUCAUUUGGCUGCUCACCAGGCUAAAGGGAGCCCACUUAAGAUCCCUGAUGCUUCAAUACUUGCAGCAAUCCAUGCUGCUCUAGGAAUGAGGAAGUGGGUUUUAAAAAAAUGAACAAAAAAACCCACAAAAAAUACAAAAAAAAAACCCCAAGUGUUGAGAUGAUACCACAAAGAACAAAUCAUUAAAAGAGUUUUUUCACCCAAACUCUGGUCAAAUCCUUACGAAUAACAAACAGUGGCUGAUUGCUGCACGGUGAAAGCUGAGUUUAUUCUUCGUAUCAACCUCCCCAAAUGUUAUGUAGUGCAAGUUUAUUGGUUGUGUGCUCUGUUUGCAGUAGGGACAAUAAAUGCCAAAUUGACAUAUGGCUUGCGUGUGCUAAAAUUUCCUUUGGGCUUGUUCUUCAGCUCUGUAGAUGCACCGUUUGUUUCAAACUUAGCUGAAGCUAUUUUGUGUGUGCUGCAGAAACGUUAGACCUAUUGCAGUAUAGAGCAGUACACGAGGGUACUCUCUGUGAGGUUCUGGGGCUUAGUAGUCAGCAGCUCUAAAACAGUGCUUAUUAAAGGAAAUUUGACUUCUCAGUGAUCUCAGAAGUGUGUUGCAAAAGUCUUCCCAGGGGAGAAGAGAUCGGAAGGCAUGCCUGAUCAUGCUUUUCUGGGUAGCCUACCUAGCUGCCUCCUCCCCUUCCUGUUUCCACUUCAGUGCAAGGCAGCCCCUUGCUCUGGUCAGCAGCAGUGUCUGCUUGGAAGGUUUUCCUUUUAGAAGGAACAAUCUGGAUGAGAUCAUCCUGAAGCUGCACAAGAUGCUGCUUUUACUGUUCUGCAGGUCUGGCGCUCGCUCGGCUUUAACUUCGUGCAAGUUGUAGCAGCUUGAAUUUUAAAAUCUUGGGGACUCAAAUGUCUGGGGUUGGUGAAUACAGCUUCCAUGUUUCAGGUGUUAUUGCCCCGCAGCAAUUGGCAGAUGGGAGAUAUGUUUCUCCCUCACUUGAAUGCAAAGAUCAGUACUUUAAAGUGAGCUGCAGAAGACAGCUGGCUCCGAAUUGCUUUGCCAAAAGGUGUGAGCAUGCCUUCCCUUUCACUGGCUGCCCUGGGACUGGAAGCUCAGAGGGAGCAGUGGGGCAGGAGGUACCUUUCACUCAGACUGGACAUUACAUUGUAAAAAAUGUUUCACUUUUUUUUUCUACUUUGUGAAACAAAGUUAGAAUGUUGAUCAUUUUUCUUUACACUCUAAGUUGGGGCAUGGAGCACACAUGAAUUUACAUGAACACACACCUGCAGAGCAAGACCAGCUCUUCCCACAACUGCUUUCCCAUUAGACAAGGAAAGAGAAGAUGGAUGGCCAGCUGUUGAGCCCCAGCAAGAGUAGAAAUUGGAGCAGCAGGAGCAUCUCCUUUUGCAAGAAGAGCAGUCCUCACUGCUGUGGGCAUUGCUGGUGUGUGUGGGCUGGCUUUUCUAGUUGUAUUCAGUGGAACAGAACUCCUGUCACGUUGGAGAAAGCAGAUGUGUGAUGCUUAGUGAGGAUGCACUGCAUUUCAAAGGAACGUGUAAAAAAAUAGCCCGAAUGGCUCAAAUGCUGCUGCUUCCAUCCCUCCUGAAUAUACAAUGUCUUCUAGUGGCGUCUGUGUUUGUUAUUUCCUCUAAGAAUUUUUUUUAGAUUGCCAUUCACUGUGAAUCUAUGUAACUUUCCAUAGGAAAUGUUGUCAUCUGCAGCAGUUUUGAUCUCAUUUGCCAGCGAGAUAUUUUUAUUUAGCGCAACAAAUAGUGAUUCUUAGCUGCUUUUAAUGCUGAGGUUGGUGCAUGGGCAGCAGCUAUUCCAAAUGCAGCCAGAGCCAGCAAUCUCUCUGCCUUGAAAUUCAUUCUGGUGCCUUGUUCUUAGCUUUCCGUGUGUUUUGAAUUGCAGUACUUGUAAUGAAUGCUCAGGGUGCUAGAAAAUCAUAGUUACAAAUGCAGAAUUUCAAUGAAUAAGGAUAUCUUUUUUAAAAUACAGGAUUUUGUUGUUGUUGCUGUCUUUUGCUUUCUAAUGUGGGAUUAUGGCUGUGCUGACAAAACCAUUUUUGAACCUUACCUUACUGCAUCAUUGAGGCAGUGACUGUGCCCAGGGUACCAGUGGGUGAGCCAGUCCCUCGCUGUGCAUACCCUGUGCUACUAAUGCAAACCAGUGCAGUGUCUUCUGGAGCCCCAGUGAGUUUUUGCAGUGAGUUAAAUAUGUACUAAAAUAGUUUCUGUGAUCACUCUUUCCUGCUUCUUUGUUUUGGUGAGCUCCAGUGACGCCGAAGUACACGGUCCCAGGAGCCUGCUGUGCUGCUGCUGGGGAACCCAGGGCUCUACUGCCUCAGCCUAGGCACUUUUGGGAAGGCUGCAAGAACAAGGCUUGUUUAGGUGAACCUUUCUCUGCAUAAACUUCCAGUGUUAGCAGUCGGUUAUUUAUAAUUGGAUUUGUUAAUACUUGGGUUGUUAAUGUGAUUACGCUGUUAUCCAGUCUGGCUGCACGCAGUGUGGCACUGGACCAGCAGCAGUGUCCUGAUGUCCUGUAUAAGCAUACAGAGAUGUGUCAGCUGUCUGGGGGCUGGUGGUGGAUCUAGGUAAAAGCCAGCUCCAUUUGGAGGAUCAGGCAGUGGUCAUUCACCAGGGAAAGGAGGUGCUGCUCGCUGCCAGCUGCUCAGCUACAGUGCUCAAUGUGCUGUUGCUGGAGCUAUGAGGCAGUCUUGCUAUCAGCCCUUGCCCAGGUGCAGCCCAUAAGUGGCGUGCCCUGAGCGAGGCAUGAGGAUGUGGCAGCAGAAGUGUGGCUAUCACAUGCCGUGCCAGGCUAGCAUUCCCUAUGCAAAGCUGCAGGGUGUGUUCAUGGAGAAACACAAACAGGAUGAAGACACCAGAGUGCUCCAGAAUGCUUCCUGCUGCUCCCUUCUCUGUGUUGGUUGUGUUUUAUGCUCGCUGCUCCCCUUGCUGGUUUCAGGGAAGGCUGUGGGUGGCUCUGUGUUGGGUUUACUCUCAGAGAUAGAGCUGGGUGCCUGUUGCUCGCUAUCUGGGCUAUGUCUGGGCUCUGGAGCACAUACUGCGUAGUGCCAUGAUGUUCUUUUGUCAUCUGGGACACAUAUGCUGUAGGAGAAUGGAAAAGGUGGUGCUUCUGCCCAGUCUGCUGUACUUGGCUGCUCUUGCUGGUGCUGCUGGCCUUUGGUUAGCAGGGGAAGCUUGGAAGCCCUUCUGUGGAAGCUCUCCGUGUGUGAGGCUUGGCUGUCAGCUCUGGAGAAGUCUGUGAAGUUGUUUUCCUGUCCAGCAACUCCAGCAAAAAUUCACUCUGCCUCUGGUGAAACAGUAGUACUUAAUUCCUGCCGCACUCAGCACCUGCACUGAGAAAAUAAUUUAGGCCUCAAGAGAUGCAGAACCUACCACCUCUCCCUUGUGAUAACUGCUAGCUUCCCACAGUGCUACAAAUGUGAGGUUUUGGCCAUGUUUUCACGAUCACUUCAAACUGUGCUGCCUGGAGAAGCGAUUCCAUCAUCUGGCUGCAGCUGCUCCUGCUGCUUCCCCUCUCUUUGCACUGCCACAAGUGUUCAUGGAGCCACGCGGUGACUUGGAGCAGGGAAGGAGCCUGGGCUGAAACAAACCAAUUUCUUUGCUGAGUGAUGUGGGUUGGUUUCUGCACCAGGCAGCUGCAGGGGUGGCUGUGCCAGCACAGGGCAGCAGCUGGGGACACUGCUGCUGUUGGCUCGCUUCUCCUAGUGGCUGUGGUGUCUUCAGAGCUGGAAUUUUAGUGUUUACUUCUGUGUUCUGACUCCUGCUCUGCCUUUUGUAUGCUGGAACUAAAGGACCUGGAAGAUGAGAGCCUGCUGUUUUGGGAAUGUUAGCAGAUUGCAGCUGGAGUCAUCUUCUAACCUGUUUAUGGAGAAGUGCAGCUACUGAUCCAGCAGGCACCAGCAGAAAUCAGGAGAGCUUUUGGAGUUUUUUUCACCUCUUCCAUAUGAGGGCAUCAGACCUGCAUGCCCUCUGCAUGUCCUAUGCAGAGCUGCUUUGAAAGCCCAUAGGAACUCAUUUUUAGUUGGUUUCCAUCGUGAUCCACAUCUUCUGAAAAUCAGGGAAAUGAGUUGUUCAGAGGGACCUCGGAUCUGCUUUCAUGGUCAUGUGAUUGGCUCACGGCCAUUUGCACCUCACUGGUAAAUGUUCUUACAGCCUGUGUUUAAGACCCUCUGGCUCUGUGUAGCUGAACUUUCUCCAAGAUCCCUGGUUCCCAGGUGAGGCUUUGCACUCCUUGCAUCUCUUGCAUACCAGUAUCAGCCUACAGGGCUUUGCAUGAAAUCCAAAACCUUUUUUUUUUUUUUCCUUCUUUUUUUUUCUAAUGCAGCUUUUUAUCUCCAGUAUUUCCUGUCUAUGGGUCUGCCUGAUGUCUUCCAAGACAGGAAGUUUCCACUGGUAUUUCUCAGCUAAUUACAUUAAGUGGUUCGAAGUGAGAUCCCUCAGUGCUGGCUUGGUUGCUUGUGUAGCCACAGAAAUUAAAGAACUUCCCCAUGGCUUCUGCAUUCAGCCUGCCUUGCUGAUUCUCACUGCAGCAUCUCAGUAGUACUGCUUAUGUUCUGCCUUUACACAGUCUGCUUUUAGAGCCAUCUGCUCAAGCACAUACCUUUUGUUUGAGCUCCUGCCAUUGCCUCUGGAUAGUGUGCCCUGAGCUGGGGUGAGGUGGGGCAAGCUGUCCUCCUGCUCUCAGGGUUUGACAUCAGCAUGAGUUGUCCCUUGCUUUGUGUCCCACGAUUACAGCUGCUUCCUAGUCCCUGCUUGCUUUGUAGGCUGCGUUGUUAGCUUGUCCCCACAGCAUCUCAGGAUAAAUUCACCUGUUUUUCUGACCCCCUGAGGGCAUUCAUCAGAGCUACCAGUGGGUCAGUGACAGCAUAUGUUUCUGGGAGGGAGAUGGGGAGAUGGUGUGCGGUUCCAUUGGAGCCUGUGUGAAAGCUGUUCUAGCUGGGGGGUGUUUUGGGAGGCAGGUGACAAAGGCUCACACUUGGUUUGGUGUUUCAGCUAAGCUGAUAUCACAGUGAGCCAUCACUGAACAGGCGGGUCCUACCCUUCCUGUCUCAGGUUGCUCAGAGCUUAUCUGCAAUUCUGAGCCUCUUCGCAAUGUCAGAUCAACAAGAAGUAAUUUACUUUUGGAUAGGGUUAGUUUUGUGCUGGUGGAACACCUUGAGGCUCACCGGGGUAAAUCUGCCCCUUGGGCAGCAGCUCUGUAAAGCCUCACAACAUCUCCGAGAUCACUGGUGAGGAAAGCAGGAGAGAUCCCACCAGGACAGGGUUGGUGCUCUUGCUUUAUAUCUAAGGGGGUUUCUUAGUGUGGGAUGUAAUGCAGGUUGUAAUUCAGGUCUCAGCCAAAGCCUUGGUGGUGCUGGUUCCUCAACAGCUUUCUCCUGGCACACAGAGUCACAAACCUGCUUUGUCUUCUCCAUCCCUGCCUGCCCUCAGCCCUGCAUCUGGCUUGAUUUAAAGGUCUGGCUUGCGCCUGGUGUUUGAGAUAAUCCUUGUAACUAGUUGGGUCUGAUCCAUGCUAGAUGAUGUUGUUGGCAGCACUGAGGCUGACACCCCGCUGCUCCGCUUCUCCUCAGACUCCCUGCCUUCCCCCUGUUAGCUGGGCCCACAGCAAUCCUGCUGCCUCCCUGACUGCUGUCUGGAGAGCGUAUCGAAGAUCCUGACUUCCUUGCUGCUGUUCUGCUCAGAAGCCUGCUGCUUGCCUCAGCCAGGACAGCGAAUGUGCCAGCAGUGCAGGCAGGUAUAGAGCCCUUCUGCCUCUCUCCAGCUGUUUCUGACAGCCCCGGAGCUUCUGUCCUACCCAGUGUGGUAAUCCCAAUGUGUGUGCAGAGAGGAUGGUAGGAAGAGCCUGGAACAGAUCUGUAUAGCCAGGAUUGGAGUGGAGAAGAGGGUCAGGGAAAAACUAUUUGCUCGUCUGGCCCAAGAACUGAGGCAUCAAGUGAACACAGGAAGUAUUGGGUUUAAAGAUAAACUGAGGAGGACAGCUCAUCACACAGCAUGUGUUUCUGCUCUGCCACAGGCAGUUACGAGUACUAAAAGGCUGCAAAGAUUGCAUUGGUUUCUAAAGGGAGUUUGAUAGAUUCUGGAAGGAAAAUCAUCGGAUGGAUAUAAAGAUGAAAACAGAAUGGUUAAAUGCAAAGACGUCUCUGGCACAAGAAGUCCCUGAGUUAUUCAUAGCUCAUGUAGUGUCUGUCCAGGAAGACAUGACUGUCAAGUGAUCCUGUGCUCUGUACUGAUUGCCAGGCAUCCUCUGGUAAUGAGAUACUGGAUUUAGGCAGACACUUGGCCUGACCUUGCAUGGCUAUACUGUGUAUGAUCUUAUCCUGCUGCUUUCAGCGAUCUCUUGAAAAUACUGAUUAGGGCAGUACUGAGAAGUAGGGAUUGUUUGAGGAUAUGUGACCAUUCAAGUGAAAUAUGUGUCAAUGCAAUCAGCUCUGAAACCAAGCCUACUGGUCUGAUUAAGUACAUGGAUACUGUAUCCUGGAACACCUCUUGAAAAUAGUCAUGGUGUCAGUGUGAAACUCAGUGUUUUGUUGCUUGGUACUGAGGUAUUUGCUUGCUUUGUUGCUCUUUUAGGUGAUGCUUGGGCAAGGGGCAAGUGUGGGCACCAGCAAAUCCCUUUCAAAAGUGCACACGAGCAGGCAGGAGCCCUCCUAAUAUCCUCGCUAUCUGCAUCACGUAGGAAGUUGGAACAGAUGCUUUUAGGCACCUCUGCAGCUAUAAAUGGAGGAAAGUAAGGAAUUGUGACCUUUUGUUGUGAGGCGUUGCAUCUGUGCAUGCAGGAUGGUGGUGUGUGUACAAAGAGUAUGUCUGUACAGGCCAGAUUGUGAAUUCCCAGACUUUUGGGGGCCUGUGGUAUUUGCUGAAACCCAAACCUUCAUCCACCUACAGCUGAGUCGUCCCUUCCCCUUGUUCCAGCUCAGCUGAGCCUUGUUCUCCUGGCAGCCAGCCCAGCCUGUGUGACUCUGCUAGCAGCUGGUCGUCACCCGCUUUUAGAUGAGAUUCUCCUCUCCUAACCCAGUCCAGGUCACCCUCCUCUCCCUUUUGUUGACCUGCUCCCCCUCUCCACCAUGUACUGUUUGCACUGGUAAGCCUCACUGUUUGUGUGGCUCCCUUUCCAGAGCAGUUGGGGUGAGUUGUGGGAACUGGCAGAAGUGCCACAGAAGGCAGGUGGUGUCGGAGAACCAGAGCCUAAUUUAGCCUGGAAGGGCCCUUGCAGGCUGUCUGGUUUGUGUGCUGCACUGCUCAGGGCCUUGUUUAGCUGAGUGCUGGAUGUCUCUGGACAGACAGAGGUCUCACUGCCUCUCCAGCCCUGCCCAUGCUCAAGGAAGAAUUCCCACCUUACGUGUUAGAUUUGUUGUGCAUUCAGAAUAAAUUGUGUCAACGUUUUAACAGUGCUGAGCUUUAACCCAACGAGAGCUUUCUUCUGCUCCCUCUCAAAUCGUGCGUACCUGCAAAGUUACUGGGAUGCUCGUUCCAUCUGUUUGCUUUGGGGAGAGAAUAAGGCUGGCACCCUGCUGGGUUUUGUCUCCUGUGGGAUCUGUGGUCUGGGACAGCACGGGGAAGCUGGGAAGGAAUUGGAUCUGUUGGCCCACUCAGCACAUGUGCUUCCCUUUGCAAGCCUGCUAUUGUGCAUGUGCUAGGAAAGGAAGAAAGAAAUACGUGCUUGUGGAGUAGCUUAAGUUAGAAGGCACUUAUGGAGGUGUGAUCUCAUUCCUCCAGUGACAUCAGUUUUCCUAACCGUUUCUAUUAGCGUGUGCAGCAAAGUCAUCACUCUCACAGCCUGGAGAAGUUGCUCAGUCUCUGUCUCACUGCAUGCUGGAGAAGGUGGAGAGGUCGCAGAGUGGGCAAGGAGUCCCUCUGGUUCUUCGGUGUUUCUGUAACUCAGCUUUAUUUAAAUACCAUAUCAUCAUUAUUUAUGUAUGAAAACCACUCUUAGAAAGCAGGCAUUAAUGCUGAACUGACAUUCAUGCUGCAUUUGCAUUACUCUGUGUGCUACUCUGUAUUUCUGGAAAAUGAUUACAUUUUAAAAGAGAUUAGAAGAAGCAGUUAUAAGUGGCCGCUUGCUAAUUUCCAAAUAGCAGUUAGUAGGGAAAUGGUUCUGCUUGGCUUUGGGUGGGCAAGGGAGCCUGCGUGAGUCACAGGCUGUUUUUAGAGAGAGGUCAGCAGCUUUUAGCACUGCAGUUACUUAGCUGGUUGGACUGGCUCCAGAUCUAAUUAAGAUAUAAUUAUGACUGUUUCUUCUGGAAUCUGGAUUUCACAGUAGUCCCAGAAAAUCUUAAUGGGGAGUAACUCUGAAACUUGGAGCUGAGAUGUUUGGCACUUGGCGUGAUGUCCCCCAGCCUCAGAAACACUGCACGAGCUCUGAUUUCUGAACCCUCUCCAACACUUGCAAGUUGUCCCAAGCAAAGCUCAGGUCUGUGAAUGGCAGCCGGGAGAAGGUUGGCCUGGCCCUACAGCGUGUGCUGCAUCAGGGAUGUGUCUGACCCUUCCUCACAUGUGAUCUUUUCCCUCUCCUAGGCCUGAAGACAAACGUGGGACGAUGUCGGAGGCACGGCAUGACAGCACAAGCAGUUUACAGCGCAAGAAGCCACCAUGGUUAAAAUUGGACAUCCCAGUGCCUGUGCCUGUGCCGGUGCCAGAAGAGCCAGUGCAGCCAACAAGACGCCAGGCCUUUCUACGAAGUGUGAGCAUGCCUGCUGACAACAGCCGCGUGCCCUCCUUGCCUCAUGAGGUGAGGAGACCGGUGCUACAACGACAGACCUCAAUCACCCAGACCAUCAAGAGAGGCACAGCUGACUGGUUUGGAGUAAGCAAAGACAGUGAUGCUACACAGAAAUGGCAGAGAAAGAGCCUUCGCCACUGCAGUCUGCGGUAUGGGAAGCUGAAACCUCAGGUCAUCCGGGAAAUGGACUUGCCCAGUCAGGACAAUAUUUCUCUAACAAGCACAGAAACCCCACCUCCACUAUAUGUUGGGCCCUGCCAGCUGGGCAUGCAGAAGAUCAUAGACCCUUUGGCCCGCGGCCGAGCUUUCCGAAUGGCUGACGACAGUGAUGGCUACAGCAUCCCCCACACACCCAUCACGCCAGGUGCCACAUCACUCUGCUCCUUCACCAGCUCACGCUCGGGCUUCAAUCGCCUCCCGCGACGGCGGAAACGGGAAUCUGUUGCCAAAAUGAGCUUCCGAGCAGCUGCGGCUCUGGUGAAGGGUCGCUCUGUGAAGGACAGCACACUGAGGAGAGCUCAGCGGCGCAGCUUCACCCCAGCAAGUUUCAUGGAGGAGGAUACAGUGGAUUUUCCAGAUGAGCUCGACACUUCUUUCUUUGCUCGGGAAGGAGUCCUUCAUGAGGAGCUCUCUACUUACCCGGAUGAGGUGUUUGAGUCGCCAUCAGAAGCUGCAGUCAAAGAUACUGAAGUGAAACCUUUAGACCAGACAGAUCUCACAGGAGGUGCCUUGGACAAAAAUGAGCUUGAAAGAAGCCACUUGCUACUCCCACUGGAGCGAGGCUGGAGGAAACAGAAGGAUGGGGGCCUGGCACAACCCAAAGUCCGAUUGCGGCAGGAGGUGGUGAGCGUCAGCCCACAGAAGCGUGGGCAGCGCAUCGCCGUGCCGGUCAGGAAGCUUUUCGCCAAGGAGAAGCGGCCGUACGGCCUGGGGAUGGUGGGGAAGCUGACAAACCGUACCUACCGCAAGCGCAUCGACAGCUAUGUGAAGCGGCAGAUUGAGGACAUGGAUGAUCACAGGCCCUUCUUCACAUACUGGGUCACCUUUGUGCAUUCGCUCAUCACCAUCCUUGCUGUGUGCAUCUAUGGCAUUGCCCCUGUGGGGUUCUCACAACAUGAAACUGUUGAUUCAGUUUUGCGAAACAGAGGGGUUUAUGAAAAUGUCAAAUAUGUUCAGCAGGAAAACUUCUGGAUCGGCCCCAGUUCAGAGGCCCUGAUCCACCUAGGGGCCAAGUUCUCACCAUGCAUGAGGCAGGACCAGCAAGUGCAUAGCUUCAUUAAGGCCAAGCGUGAGAAGGAGAAGCACUCAGCAUGCUGUGUACGAAAUGACAAGUCCGGUUGCGUACAGACUUCAGAGGAGGAGUGCUCAUCCACCCUGGCUGUGUGGGUGAAGUGGCCCUACCACUCCAGCACACCAAUGCUGGCAGGAAGCAAGAGGCAGUUUGGGUCUGUUUGUCAUCAGGACCCCAGGGUGUGUGAGCAGCCAGCCUCGAUGGAGCCACACGAGUGGCCAGACGACAUCACCAAAUGGCCGAUCUGCACAAAAAACAGUGCUGGGAAUUACACAAACCACCUUCACAUGGACUGUGUGAUUACAGGCAGGCCCUGCUGCAUUGGGACCAAAGGAAGGUGUGAAAUAACUUCCAGAGAGUAUUGUGAAUUUAUGCGGGGCUAUUUCCAUGAGGAGGCAACACUUUGCUCUCAGGUUCACUGCAUGGAUGAUGUCUGUGGACUCCUCCCUUUCCUAAAUCCAGAAGUCCCUGACCAGUUCUACCGUCUCUGGCUCUCACUUUUCCUACAUGCUGGGAUCCUGCACUGUCUGGUUUCAGUCUGUUUCCAAAUGACGAUCCUGAGGGACCUGGAGAAGCUGGCAGGAUGGCAUCGCAUCUCUAUCAUCUACCUGCUCAGUGGCAUCACCGGGAACCUUGCCAGUGCAAUAUUUCUACCCUACAGAGCAGAGGUUGGCCCUGCAGGAUCCCAGUUUGGGAUUCUGGCUUGUCUCUUUGUGGAGCUCUUCCAGAGUUGGCAAAUCCUGGCACGGCCGUGGAGGGCUUUCUUCAAGCUGCUGGCUGUGGUGCUCUUUCUUUUUGCCUUUGGCCUCCUGCCUUGGAUUGAUAAUUUUGCUCACAUUUCAGGAUUCAUCAGUGGUUUCUUCCUCUCCUUUGCCUUCCUGCCCUACAUUAGCUUUGGGAAGUUCGAUUUGUAUAGGAAGCGAUGCCAAAUUAUUGUUUUCCAGCUCAUCUUCAUUGCACUCUUCUCAGGACUUGUGAUUCUAUUCUAUUUCUACCCCAUCAAGUGCGAGUGGUGUGAGUUCCUUACCUGUAUACCAUUCACGGACAAAUUCUGCGAGAAAUACGACCUGGAUGCACAGCUUCACUGAAAGGCAAAGACUGGCUUCUCGAGCAGGCACUGGAGAUGGACUGUCUUUGCAUUUGCUGUGCUAGUUCCACAUGGACGAAGCUUCUAAUCCAAUGACACUUCUAACCAGGGCUGUGGUUAAUUUAAACCGUCUCUAGCACUCAGCAGGCGUGGUUUGCCUUAUCUCAGAAGACUCUGAACAGAAUGUUGGUGCCUUGUUCAAUUGUACUGAACCUCUUCUGCUGCCAUUAUUUUUAUUAUACUAGUUUCAAUACUACAUUUUUAACUAGAGUUAUUUACUACUGCUAAGGUGGUGAUUAAAUGGAAAGGUAGCGUUUUAGCUACUGCUAAUUGUUUUGCAUAGUCUGUGGCUACGUUUGUUACUUUAUGUACCGAUGCUGUUCCAUGCACUAAUAGAAUCAGUAUUCUUCUAGCACCCAAAGUAGCCCAACACACAUUUACAGCUGGAAAUAAGAGCUUUAAAAGCCUUAAAAGAAAAUGAGAGUCUCUUUAAUUACAAAAAGCACAUUCUGCAUACAGCUCAGAGGCAGACGUUUUGAACAGCAAAAACAUGUAAGAGCAUCUGUUCAACUGGAGUUCGCUUCUCUGUGAAAUCUUUCAACCUCUUCCUCUUGGAGAGCACUGAAUCCCUUAUCUGAUCCUGGCAGGAAUGGAUUCUCUAUUCUA